CUCAGCAAAGUUUGAGAGGGCCGGUGCCAUGAGUGAGCUGGGCACGCCGAGGACCAGCGACGGCACCGUCUCCCGCCUGCUCCAUGUGGUGGAGAGUGAGCUCCAGGCGGGCAGGGAGAAAGGCGACCCCACCGAGAAGCAACUUCGCAUCAUCCUGGAGGACGCUCCCCUCUGGCAGAGGUUCAAGGAGGUCACUAAUGAAAUGAUCGUGACCAAAAAUGGCAGAAGGAUGUUUCCUGUUCUAAAGAUCAGCGUCACAGGACUGGACCCCAAUGCCAUGUACUCCCUCCUGCUGGACUUUGUCCCCACGGACAGCCACCGCUGGAAGUACGUCAAUGGGGAGUGGGUGCCCGCGGGCAAGCCAGAGGUCUCCAGCCACAGCUGCGUCUACAUCCACCCCGACUCCCCGAACUUCGGGGCCCACUGGAUGAAGGCUCCCAUCUCCUUCAGCAAAGUGAAGCUGACCAACAAGCUCAACGGAGGUGGGCAGAUAAUGCUGAGCUCCCUGCACAAGUACGAGCCCCAGGUUCACAUAGUACGCGUGGGAGGCGCCCACCGCAUGGUCACCAACUGCUCCUUCCCAGAGACCCAGUUCAUCGCCGUGACUGCCUAUCAGAACGAGGAGAUAACAGCCCUCAAGAUCAAGUACAACCCCUUUGCCAAGGCCUUCUUGGACGCCAAGGAGAGAAACCACCCCAAAGACCUGCCGGAGGCUGUCUGUGAGAGCCAGCACGUGGCCUACUCUCACUUGGGAGGCUGGAUCUUUUCCAAUCCGGAUGGCGUAUGCACAGCAGGAAAUGCCAACUACCAGUAUGCGGCGCCCUUGCCCCUGCCUGCUCCCCACACCCACCAUGGCUGCGAGCAUUACGCGGGGCUCCGAGGACACCGGCAAGCUCCCUACCCUUCUGCGUACAUGCACAGGAACCACUCUCCCUCAGUGAAUCUGAUAGAAAGCUCAAGCAAUAAUCUGCAAGUGUUCUCGGGAGCCGACGGCUGGACGUCCUUGUCCUCCACUCCCCACGCCAGCAUCCUGUCUGUGCCCCACACCAACGGACCCAUCAACCCAGGGCCCAGCUCCUAUCCCUGCCUGUGGACCAUCAGCAAUGGAGCUGGGGGCCCUGCUGGGUCAGGCGCAGAGGCUCACGGCAGCACCCCGGGGGCCUUUCUCCUUGGCAACCCAGCCGUGACCUCACCCGCCUCCGGGCUCCCCACCCAAGCUCCAGCUUCAGGUGGUGUGGAGGUCCUGGGGGAGCCCUCACUGACCAGCAUUGCAGUGUCCACCUGGACAGCGGUGGCCUCCCAUCCCUUCCCAGGCUGGGGUGGCCCUGGAGGGGGUGGGCGCCACUCCCCCUCCUCUCUGGACAGUUAGGCAGUGUCCCAGGAGCCUCCAUGAGCAG